CUGUCACAAGUGAGGCACCCUCGACCCGGAAGUUGCUGACGGGAGCUGGGGGCCACUGCAGCCAUCGCGCUUUGCGGUGCGGGCUCGGAGCGUGCAGGGCUGACGCGGAGCAGGGAGUUGCGUUCUUCCGAGUCGCGGACCCUAUAAGAUCUGGACAUGUCCUUCAUAUUUGAUUGGAUUUACAGUGGUUUCAGCAGUGUGCUGCAGUUUCUAGGAUUAUAUAAGAAAACUGGUAAAUUGGUGUUUCUUGGAUUGGAUAAUGCAGGGAAAACAACAUUGCUACACAUGCUGAAAGAUGACAGACUUGGACAGCACGUCCCAACACUACAUCCCACAUCAGAAGAACUCACUAUCGCUGGCAUGACAUUUACAACCUUUGAUCUGGGUGGACAUGUCCAAGCCCGAAGAGUGUGGAAAAACUACCUUCCUGCUAUCAAUGGCAUUGUAUUUCUUGUGGAUUGUGCAGACCAUGAAAGGCUGUUAGAAUCAAAAGAAGAACUUGAUUCCCUAAUGACAGAUGAAACCAUUGCAAAUGUGCCUAUACUGAUUCUUGGAAAUAAGAUUGACAGACCAGAAGCCAUCAGUGAAGAGAGGUUACGAGAGAUGUUUGGUUUAUAUGGCCAGACAACAGGAAAGGGCAGUGUGUCCCUGAAGGAACUGAAUGCCCGGCCUCUGGAAGUUUUCAUGUGCAGUGUGCUGAAAAGGCAAGGUUAUGGGGAAGGCUUCCGCUGGGUGGCGCAGUACAUUGAUUAGCAACGGCGCUUGUCCAUUCCCGUCCCGGCCUCCUCGGAGAUCCAUCGCCCAACAUGCAUAACUUGAAUUCAAUAGACUUUUGUUGGUUUCAAAAUAUGUGCUUUUUAGAUUAUUAACACUCUACUUAAUUUGAGUGAGAAUUGAAAAGUGAUUCAAGUAAGUUUGAAUAUCACAAUGUUAGCUUUCUAAUUCCAUACGAAUAGUUUUUACAGUUUAUAAUUACUUGGCAUCUCCCCAGCACUGUUUAUAAAAAGCGACUUUUCAGCAGUACAGUUGAAGCCCUUUUUAACAAUGUGAAACUACAAAUAUAACCCAUAUUUAAAAGCUCAUCAUGUGAAGUUUUUUAUGUACUUUUUUGGAACUAGUUUUUAACUUUUAGAUGGUGUACCCACCUGUCUUGAGUGUACAGUCAAUAAUUCCCUUAUCAAUGAUUGCAUGAGGCCUUACUGUUUUCAAUAAUGCUUUUUCUUAUGCAAACGUCAUGCAAUAAAACAAACUAAUGUUGGUGUCUUUGCUGGGCCGAUGCUUCAUUUGAAUAUGUCUUAUAUAACUAGUGUACUCUGAAAACUUGAGUAUUUAAUAUUAUGUAUGAGAAAGUUUGGGGCAAGGAGAUUUCCUUCAGAAUAUUUAGAAUGGCACUUCACCCGCAGAGGCUUUUGCAUUUGCCCGCAGCAGUUGUAGCUGACUGCUGAUACCACAGUUCUCUCUGAUACCUCCAUUUACUUUACCAUCACUUGUGCUGCUGGCAUCUGUGUCCUGGCCUCUGUGGGAUCCGUGUUCUGGAGAAGGCCCCCCUGAGGCCCACGAGGUUGAGCCCUCAGGCGAGGCGCUGCUGCCCCACGGUAGUUGUCUGAUGCUGAGUUUAGUGGCUUGUACUUCCUCACCAAAA